AUGAUGGCCAUCAACGAAGAUGUUAUUGCCUGGCUGGUUCCAGCAACACAUUGUGCUGCCGCAGACAAGGUCAUGAACAACCCUGCGAAUCAAUCACGCAUCGUUGCCACUUCUGAUCUUCCCACCCUUCUCCCUCAAAUCUCGGAUUCCAUGACUGGAAUCACACCUUCGCGAGCCAUUCAGUUGUGCUUCAACAAGGCACCCAAAAACCACGGCCGUUUCAUGAUCGGCACAGAUCCCAAGACAUGCGAUAUUGUCUUUCCCAAACUCUACGACGCUUCUCCCUCAACACCCGAGGUCUCAUCUCAGCAUUGCUCCAUUGGAUUUGACAACGACAAUCGUCUGACUCUCGACGAUAUUUCCGAAUGGGGAACCGAAGUCUCCUAUGAUUGGGAGUCGAGCGGCAGGAAUACUGAGUUCUGCUGGUUGCUUAGCGGCGGCAACUCCGGCGGCUUUCCAAGCUCUGUCAGAAACAUCACAAUCGACAUCUUAGGAGCCAGAUUCCAGGUCUUUAUCAACCCGCACACACAUACACUGCAGCAGUGGCAAUCAUUCGUCACCAAGAUUGAUCUUAUGACAGAGCUUGCAUAUCAAGAUCCUGCGGCCUUCACCAUGCCGAGCAUCUUCAUGAUUGCUCCAAGCGAGGGAGAUGCUCUAGAAGCAUACUUAUGGAACAGCGACUGUCCAUGGCAGCCAUUAGUCCGUGUAGUGGAUGUGUUGAAUAGUGAGCCCUACAUUUCGCUUCACGACUAA